AUGAAGACAAAAUAUGAGUGGGGAAAGCUAGUUAUAAAAGACAAGAGAAUGAACAAGCCUCAGAAGGAGAACAAGUCGCUGAAGAGUGUGCUGGAGACAACAGAGGUAGACUCUUUGGUUGAAGCAGCAGAGAUCAUAGAAUACGAUUUCUCCCAAAACACUUCAAUAAAAGAGCUGACAAAAAUAGAAGCAUCUUCAGAGGGGCUCAGAAUACCAGAGAAACCAAAACACCAGCUGGACAGAGAAGACUACAAAAACGAAGAAAGAAAGGUGUUCAAUGCAUGGAAGCUGAAUAUGAAUGCAGUGCUUUCGAACAAGGGAACCAUCACACCGUACGAGAGAAAUCUCAACGUGUGGAGACAGCUGUGGUUCACCCUGGAGACAAACGAUCUAAUAGUGCAAAUUGUAGAUGCCAGAAAUCCCUUGCUUUUCUACACAGAAGACAUUGUCAAAGCAUCACCAAAUAAAAUGCACCAUCUGUUGCUGAACAAGGCAGACCUUCUAACGGAAGAGCAAAAGAGAAAGUGGAGUGAGUAUUUCGCAGAUAGAAACAUAAGCCACACUUUCUACUCCACCCUUACAAGCAACUCAGACGAGCUCCUGGAAAAAUGGAAAAUGCUAUUCCCAGAGAUAACGGACAGAGAGCUUAAAAUAGGAAUGAUAGGAUACCCCAACGUCGGAAAAAGCUCUACCAUCAACUCUCUAUUUAAAAAAAAAGUAGUGCAGACGAGUAUCAUCCCGGGAAAGACAAAAAACAUUCAGACAAUGAAGCUAGAUGGAAUAUUGCUCUGUGACUGUCCCGGGCUUGUUUUCCCCACAUUCGUAGCUGAGAAGUCUGAUCUGAUUUUAAACGGUAUUUUAUCGCUGGACCAUACAAGAGAUGUAAAAGACUGUCUAGCACUGAUUAUCGAGAGAGUGGGGGUCCGCAGGCUGUGCUAUCUCACGAAAGUAAAAGAGUUCGUAAACGACUCAAGAAAGCCCAUGCAGGGAAAUUACGUCCAUUGGCUGAAAAAGUCCACCGGCUGCAUUGAAGAGGGCAAGCUCAUCAAAGGAGUGGUGAAGGAGUACAUAGAAGGAAGCAUAAAGUACGUGCAUCCACCGCCCAAUACGGACGAGUGCGAGUUCAACAAAGACAACCACCACAUCCCAGAUAGCUACGUAAUAAACACAGAGAAGAACUUUGACUGGUACAAAGAGCUGCAAAUGAAACAAAAAGAAAAAGAAGAAGAAGAGGCAAAAAAAGAAACACUGAUUUAUUCAAAAAAGCACUAUCUCAAAAAAGGACUGUCAAGAACAUUCAAAGUAAAGAGAUAG